GCCGCUGAUCUUUUGAUGCCAAGUCGACAAGCUCAGCUUUGAUGGUGCUUGAACCGGCAAGGACAGCUCUCAUUCCACAGCCAUGCAGCUAUUAUACAGUUGCUGCACACACUCAACCAAGCAACCAAUCAAUAGGAAAAGAAGGAAAAGGGGAAUGCUGGGACUAUAUCAUGGAUCGCGGACUCAAGCGCGCUAUCCUCGCCUGCAUUGAAAAUAGCGAUAUUCCUGUAUGAGAUGACGCAGAAGAAGAAAGCCAUUGGAUGCUUCCUGAUGUCAUGUCUUACCUACCACUCUGUACUACUACUACUACCGCAUCUACCACUACCGCAUCGAACCAGAUCCCACGUUCACCUGACAAUGCCGUGCAUCCCCUCACUCACGAUGCCCCCUUUGCAGCAGGUCGAGAACGACGACCCCAGGCCGUAUCGGAGCUUUUGCAGCAUCUCUCUCUCUCUCUCCCUCUCCUGCAUCACAUUACGAAGCAAGCCGCGACGCUGGGGAAGAGCGUGGGGGCAGCGCAACGCCAAAGGGCAACCUAGCGGCACUGGCUCGCACAGGGUUUCUGGCCUUCCCGCCGCAAACCCGCAUUUCUGGCCUCUGCGGCUCCAUCGCCAUCGCCAGUCCCAGCGGACUUUAGCAUCGCGCCCAGCUCCACGUCGACGCCGCCGCCUGCUUAGCCCGCGGCUACUCUCGGCUGCAUCCCAGCAAGCUCGCUGCCCCCAAACGCUCCCACGUGAUGCCUAUCGCGCCCCUCUCGCCAACGACAGGCUUAUCUCCAACCCAGCUGCAGCAUCUCUGAUAUCUGGGAUGCGUUCCAGCUCCCCUCUGCAGCGGCCUGACACGGACUUUUGUGGAGGAGGCGAUUCCCAGACGGGCGGGCCCUUUUUUCUCUCUUCUUCUUCCAGGCAAUUAAAUUAGGCCCAUGCAAGUGCUAGUUCGUAUGUCUCCGCUGUGUUUUGUGUGCAGCGGUACAUGGCGUGUUGGAUUGGGCUGGACAAAUCGAAGCUCUCAUGAUUUGAUGGCGGCGGGCACCGGCAAUCGGAGGAGGGUGACCAUCCAAGCAGAGCUCUGGCCCUGGAGCAGCGAGAUCUCGCCUCUCUUCGGCCCUCCGUAGCUGCCGGGUGGCUUUGGAUAGGCCCUGGACUGGCUCGAUAGAUAGCGGCGCUUCGUGCCUGUCCCUGGAUACAUUAAUAAAAAGACAUCCCGUUGUUUUCCUUCUCGUAGUGUCGAAGCUUUCUCUCCAUCUCUCUAUAUA